AUGUACCGCACAAUCGUGUUGGCUUUGUUGGCGCUUACAGCUUCGGCCAGACUCCAGGGCUUGGAGAAGAAGGUCACCAUCAACGACCUGGCCCUCUUCAACAAGUUCGCCACCUUCGCCGAAACGUAUGUGCCCAAUUUUCUGUUUAUUUAUACUCCCUCGUGCACUUCAAUCUAACUAGAAAAUAUUUUCAGUUUCGACAAGACCUAUGCCUCUGUCGAGCAAGCCCACGAACGUUUCCAGAUCUACAAGGCCAACUACCUUCAACUCCAGGUCUACCAACAGUAUGAGCAGGGAACCGCUGAGUUCGGAGAGACCCAAUUCAUGGACAUGACCCCCGAAGAGUUCCGCACCCAAGUCUUGACCAACAUCAACAUCGACGAGGUCGCCCCAGUCAAGAAAUUGACCGCCGAAGACUUGGCCCACCUCAAGACCGACCUUCCCGAACUCCACGACUGGAGAGAACAAGGACACGUGACCCCCGUCAAGAACCAGGGAAGCUGCGGAUCCUGCUGGGCCUUCUCCGUCACCGGAAACAUCGAGGGAGUCUGGAAGAAGAAGACUGGAGAACUUGUCAGCUUGUCCGAACAAGAAUUGGUCGACUGUGACGUCAAGGACCAAGGCUGCAACGGAGGAUACAUGACCUGGACUUACAAGUAAGUGUCGGGAGGAUUGGCGGAUGGAUGAUAUAACCUAGCGUCAUAGAACUCAUAAAUCUUGCCUUUCGUUGACUAAUUCUCCGAUUUUCAGCGAGAUCAUCCGCAUCGGAGGUCUGGUCAAGGAAGACGACUACAAAUACACCGGCCGCGGAGGAGCUUGCCAAGUCGACAAGUACGAGUUCGCCGUCUACAUCAACGACUCCGUCCAACUCCCCGAAGACGAGAAGAAGAUCCAGGAAUACUUGUUCCAAUCUGGCCCCAUCUCCGUCGGAAUCAACGCCAACCCUCUUCAGUUCUACAGCGGUGGAAUCCACCAUCCUCCCAAGUUCUUCUGCAACCCCAAGGGUGUCAACCACGCCGUUCUCCUCGUUGGAUUCGGUGAGGAAGGAGGAAAGCCAUACUGGAUCGUCAAGAACUCCUGGGGAACCGGCUGGGGAGAGAAGGGAUACUUCCGUCUGUACCGUGGAGAGAAUGUGUGCGGUGUCAACACUCUUGCCACCUCCGCCCUCAUCUACUAG